CUCUCUACGCAGUGGGUCAAAUGAGGAUAAGCGUGCCUUAGAAAUGGCUGGUUUCACAGAGACAGUGAUCCGCAAAGCUGUUGCUUUAUUUUCAUCAGUUUGCGUUGAUCUGUCCUUGUUUUACGCAUCAGGAUGUAUAGUGUUUCACAGCGUCUUUGGACAACUCGCGCGUCUCUGGAUUUUCGCGGCUGUCCGAUGUGUGGCACUGACUGUUGUGGCCCUGCUCAGCCUAGGACACCCCAAACAGUUGGUGUUCCGUUUUAUAGCCACGCACUGUCUCCUGCCGGCGGUGUUGGAGACCGGGACCAAAGUGCUUCAUGCUGAGGAGACAAACUACUGCUUGUUGGCAGAUUUGUCGUGCUGGCUGAUGUGCGCCGCAGCAUCGCUGGCUGCUGCUCUGUUUUGGGAAAUCACCAUCCCGGAUAGUGACGAUGCAGCCGCCGGUAAAGAGAUCAAGCAGAAAUCCAGAGUGCUGCUCAUGAGGGUCUUGUGUCUCUACAGACCUGACUAUCUACUGCUGUUAGGAGGGGUUGUGUUCCUGUCGCUGGCUGUUCUCUGUGAGAUGUUCAUCCCAUUUUACACUGGAAGAGUUAUUGACAUACUCAGCAGUCAAUAUCAACACACUGAAUUCAUAUCAGCACUAGUUUGGAUGGGUCUGUUCUCUCUGGGAAGCUCUGUGAGUGCAGGCUGCAGAGGGGGAUUCUUCCUUUCUGCCAUUAGUUCCUUCAAUUGCAGAGUGAAAGUCAAAUUGUUUGGGGCUUUGACCAAACAGGAAAUUGGAUUCUUUGAGACCAUAAAGACAGGUGAAAUCACAAGCAGAAUCUCUAAAGACACCAACCUGAUGAGUAGAACAGUGUGUCUGAAUAUCAACGUGCUGCUGAGGACAUUGAUCAAGACACUGGGCAUGAUCUCCCUGAUGAUGAAUCUCUCAUGGAAGCUCACGUUCCUCGUAUUGAUGGAGACGCCCGUCACGGGCCUCAUUCAGAACAUUUAUGACACACACUACCAGCGGUUAUCCAUCGCAGUGCAGGACUCAAUUGCCAGAGCGAAUGAAGCAGCAAAUGAGGCAGUGUCCAGUAUUCGUGAUGUACGGAGCUUUAAAGCAGAAAAACACGAGGUUUGCCGCUAUGACAGCUGCCUGAUGGACACACACAAACUCAAGACUAAACGGGACACAAUCAGAGCUGUUUAUCUGCUCGCUCGGCGGUUGACAGGGCUGGGCAUGCAGGUCUUCAUGUUGUACUAUGGCAGGCUGUUUAUCCAGAGAGGACAGAUGACCACUGGAAACCUGGUUUCAUUCCUGCUCUACCAGUCAAACCUUGGAGACAACAUUAGGACCCUCACCUACAUCUUCGGUGACAUGCUGAACUCAGUGGGGGCUGCAGGGAAAGUGUUUGAAUACCUGGACCGGAAACCGCAGGUCAGCACAGAGGGAACACUGAAACCUGAUCAGCUGAGAGGGCAUGUCAGCUUCAAAUGCAUCAACUUUGCCUAUCCUGCCUCCCCCAACAAAAAAGUGCUGCAGGACUUUUCUUUGGAGCUGAAGUCGGGUCAGAUGACAGCACUGGUGGGUACAUCUGGAGGGGGAAAAAGCACCUGUGUAAGUCUGCUGGAGCGGUUUUAUGAACCACAGGAUGGAGAAAUCUUAUUGGAUAAUCGAUCUCUCAAAUCCUACGAGCACCGGUUCCUCCACAAAAAGAUUGCUGUGGUGAGCCAGGAGCCUGUGCUCUUCUCUGGCUCCAUCAGAGAUAACAUCACCUACGGGCUUGAUGACUGCUCAUUGGACGAGAUACAGGCAGCUGCUCGCAAAGCCAACGCCCAUGACUUCAUAAAAAGGCUGGAGAAAGGCUACGAUACAGAGGUGGGUGAAGGUGGCAACCAGUUAUCCAAGAGUGAGAGGCAGCAGAUCGCCAUUGCUCGUGCUUUGGUCAGACAGCCACAGGUCCUCAUUCUGGAUGAAAUAACCAGCUCACUGGACAUGGAGAGUGAAAAUAAGGUUCAGCAGGCCUUGGCUAACUGUCCCAACCAGACCCUGCUGGUGAUUGCUCACAGGCUGAAGACCAUUGAGAAGGCCGAUCAGAUCAUUCUGAUUAGUGAGGGCAGAGUUCAGGAGCAAGGCACACACCAGGAGCUCAUGGACAGGAAGGGGAACUACUACAAACUGAGAGAGAAGCUCUUCACUGAGGGAAACUCACCGCAGUGACAGCUAGAGCAAAGCUUGAUGUACACAGAAGUCUUCUUCAUGAAAUUUGCACAUUAGUCCACAGCUAGCCUGAAAAAUGAGAGAGAGCGGAAACCUGGUGUUGUAAAUAGUUUGUUUUGAUUGAAACUCAGAUAACAUACAGUUAUGUGCAUAAGUUUUAGACAUGUAAGGUGCUAAGGAUUCAUCAUGGGGAAAAAUGUGCAAAUACUCAGGGCUGGAGGGGCAGCCAAAGUCAAGCUCCACACAUGUCGACACACAUGCGUGUCACCUUGCAGCCAAGUCAAGUUCGAUGGCAUCUCUUUUUCUGGGCCUUUUCACCCUUCGUAAUAUGCCUGGAGACUGCCAGUGGGUUUCAGGCCUCGGGACAUCCACGGCAUGACAACAGGCUUGUGGCAACCCUACUAGCCUCUUGGACAGUACCCUGGGCCUUGCUUACUUUCCACAUCCACUCCUUACUCUACCCUAAAGGUGUGGACUUUGUUAUUUUUUCAACAGAUUAUUUCCCCAUAUCUCUUGUCAAACGCAAAGGCAUCUAGACAAUAACCGGGGUUGUGUCAAUCCUCCUUCCCACCUGAUAGUGGCCUCAGGCAGCUUACUCACCACAUCUACACCUUACAUCAGCCUUAAUUUUUGGCCCAAACAUGCCUAAAGGUUAGCACAGUACUUUAUAUGUUGGAGAAGUUUAUGUAUUUUGAAACAUGCAGUCCUAAAACCACUUCUAUAACUUUGUAAAUACUGUGCUUAUUUAUUUUGCUGGCUGAAAGUGAAUGUUGUUGGUAUUGUUUAUUUUUGUCAUGAUAAUUUGAAUGAAAUAAACUGUAUCCUCUUUCA